AUUUGGUUUGAUGGAGAUGGAGAAGACCGAAACGUAGGAUGAUUAUUCAGCUGUGACCUUAACCUUACCUCUAAUAAACUAGCUCAGAGCUUAGCGAAAGCGGCCGCACUGUUUAGCAUCGCUGAGAUUUUUUUUAUCACUAAAUCAGAAUAUCAAAUGAGAACCACAAAGGGUCCAUGAUUACUUGUCGAAGAAUUGCUCCACCAAGGAAGCUCUUUAGCCUCAGCGAUUUAAUCAAGAGCAAAACUUGCAGCGGCCAACUGUACAGAUCUCGUGAGAGGACCACUACACACGUGACCAUGGAUGGUCCAAGUCAUGUAUGUAUGUCUAAUCUCGAACUUGCUAGAUGGUUCUAACACGUUUGUAGGGUCAUCAUGGCCAUGAUACACAUGCUAUGCCUCCUCAGGCUAUUUGUGAUGCGUAUAAAAGGUAUCAAAGAAUGAGUGAUGCGGCAGUUAAUGAUGAUCUCGAUAUCGUGGAUUUCAAUCGUGGAUUGACCCCGGAGCAACAAAAGACGUUGAGUCCAGUGGGCAUCGUUCCCUCGGAAUUGAUUGCUGAAGCCCAGAAGGAAUUUAUGAAUGCUGGAGCUGAAAAUGAUUCCGGACUUCCGCCCGCCUGUACUAUUUACGAGCAUAGCGAAUUCCCGGGUAUGCUUAAAUCAGAAGUAAAUUAGUACUAGCUAACUUCUGUACAGGUUUGAGAAUAUUUCCUGCACUUCUACCACCAGAAUGCCAGUCUCUAUUUGUUUCUCGGCUGCUCCAUCGUGAGCUGUCAAACCCUCUGCACAAAACGAACUUUCACGAUGAUUAUGAUAUGCCCUACCCUCCGGCCGACUCUUCCUUCUUCACUUACCCACAUCAAGCCAAAAACCAAGUCUUUGCUCCCAAAUAUCCAAAUUCCAAGCAUAAACCACUAAAUACUGCCCAAGCUCUGCAGAAGAAAUUCCGAUGGCUGACCCUCGGCGCACAAUAUAAUUGGAACACACGAGCAUACCCCUCCUCUUCUCCGACACCAUUUCCAGCUGAUGUAUCUCGUCUUGUUACCACUUUAUUUCAGAAUGCCUUUACUCCGGAAUCAGGGGUCGUACUGAUGUACUCGACGAAAGACUUCAUGCCAGUGCAUCGAGAUGUUUCCGAGGAAUGCAAGAGGGGUCUGGCAAGCUUCACGCUCGGAUGCGACGGAUUAUUUGUUAUUAGCAGGGACGUUAGAAAGGGAGAGGAACAUGUUUCUGAUAGGGAACAGGAUCUGGUUUGUAUACGGGUCAGAAGUGGUGAUGUGAUACAAAUGGGUGGGGAGACGAGAUGGGCUUGGCAUGCUAUGCCCAAGAUUAUAGCAGGCACCUGCCCACCUUGCUUGGCCGAAUGGCCCGUAGGAUCUACGCGAGAAGGGAAGGAACCAAAAGAGUAUGAAAGAUGGAGGGGUUAUAUGAAGGGUAAGCGGCUCAAUAUUAGCUGCAGACAGGUGUGGAAUUAAUUUUGCAAAAUAAAUCCUUGCCCUGACGGCACCUUUUAUCAACCCGUGGGAGGAUGACCUUAUGUUUACUUUGGUUGGAACUGAGUUAUACAGUCCUUUGGACACAGGCCGGUAUCAAUUUUCCACGGCUGGUUCGUACGGAUCGUAUUUUCACAUCUGUCAUCUCCAUCUUUCAAAUUACGGUUGCGGAAAGGGCGCAGCUGAAAAAGAUGCUGAAAUUCGAUACAAUGGCGGUAUCGACUAUGCUUCUUCAAGGCCAAUUCAAGGAAUCUUAGGCAUGGCAGUGAAGCCAGAUUUCUUGAGAGUCGAGUGUCUUGCUGUAGAUACAGGCUGUGAAUGGGGUGCCGGGAGUGGCUGACAAAGGUUCUGGGCAUAAAUUUUGCACCCUUGGGAUGCUUACCAUUGUGGUCGAAUACUGCGUUUUGUCUCCACGCUGUCGAAAACGGCUGGGCGUGAAAAUGAAGGGCAGAAGAUAAAAGCGGAUCUUGUGUUCAUCAAGGAGCUGAUUGAUGUUCAGUACCCUUAUUAUAUUUCCCAGCCAGGCACAGUCAGCUUCUACCUCCCGCAAGAGUAGAGUCGAAUUGGUGGGGCGGAAGGGUGCUGACAUCAUGAACAUUGGCAUAUUCCCGAAUACCAAGACUCCGAAGGUUAUCAUGCACCAUUUGAAGUAUGGAAAAGACUAGCGCCCGAAAAAGGGACUAUUCGGAACUAAGAACCCCCGUUUUAAGAAAGCAAGAGAAGUUGAUGCCCUCUGAAGACUGAAUUGCUGGAUGUUAUCAACUACAUAUACCCCAGAAGUACAUAAAAGGUGGAUUUAUUAUGAGUCACACAUAGUUUGGGCCGCCAGAUGAUCAAAUCGAGGAAGGUUCCGAGAAUAAAUUUAACACCCAAAGUGCUGUUUAGCAAACACCUUGAAUCCAAAAGGUGUUAUAUUAUGAAUAAAUAUAAUGAAAAGGCAUAUGAUGUGA